CCAUCCAUUUUCGGAUUUGAGCCCAUCGUUGCCUUUUUUUUCUUGACGACAGUUUUGACUUGACUUCCCUAUGUUAUGUAGCUCAGAAUUAUACCCGAUUUACCAUGAAGUUGCAUAUAGCCAUAUAGGAAGCAAGAAAUAGGGGUGUGCAAUGGUCCCGUCCGUAUCGGACCACAUCAGACCAAACCGUUGUUAAGACCGGGCUAGACCAGACUGAGUAAAAUACGGUCCGGUCCUUGGUCCUCACAAAUUUUAUAAUUACUGAAUAAAUGGUGGAUCGAGCUCAUAUUUGGAUUGGACCGGACCGAACCGGACUAAAUGGACCAAAUACAAGAAUGGUCCGAUCCUUGGUCCUAACAUGUCUUCACUAAUGAAUCAUGGUUCUCAUGAGUUUGGUCCGAUCUAGACCGAACCGUUGCACACCCCUAACAAGAAAAGCUACUCUCGUGAAGAUAGACAUUAAAGCAUUGAGCAAACCAAUACAAGCAUGCACCGGCCGGCGACAGAAACCAAAUUCAACGGCCUUCAUUAAAAUCCCACCAUAAAAAGACUUUCCCUAUUUAAAAACCCUACUUCCAAGUCUUCUACCCAAUUACUUCAGAGAUUUCCCUAUUGCGUUUCCAACGAUGAACACAACGGGGGCCGCGCAGCGGCGGCGGGUGAUGACGAUUGCGGUGGCGUUUAUCAUCAUGAUGCAGCUGGUGACUCCCACAUCUCCGACCUGCCACCCCUCGCCGCCGUCCCACCGCCGGCCGAGCCCCAGCCGCCACCGCGGCGGCGGCAGCGGGUGCAAGCAGUGCGUGGUGGAGCAGCUUCAGUACGGGUGCCCGAAGUGCACUCCGGUCCUCCGCUGCAUGGCGCGGUGCUUGUGGGGCGGCGCCGCCAAGUCGAGGUGCGCCGAGAAAUGUGACUGCGGCGGCGGGAAGCCGACCCUGGCGGACUGCAGAGGUUGCAUGUCUAGGUGCAAAUGCAGCUGUUUGUGAUUUUUGUUAUCGUCAUCAUUAGCUUGUCUGGCUGGUUUAUGAUUAGUGUUGUUGAUUAUCGUUACUAAUUAGUAAAUUAAUGAGUUUGCUAUGAUGUUCUUAUUAGUUAUUUGUUCUUUUAUAUGGCUAAUGUUUGAAUUUUGGUUAAUGAAAAGUUGUUGAUCGC